AUGGACAAUUUUUCACCGGAAGUGCAGCAUAUUUUGGCACCCGCCUUCGGCAUUCUUUCGGCCACGCAACUUACUCAGAUGGCUGAUCGGCUUAUGGAGAUGCGAGGUUUUUCCAAGCCAACCAUUGCAGCACUCUCAACUCCCUCAUCUCAUCCUGUGCCUCCCAUUUCGCAGUUGGAGAUCGAGCUCAGCAAGCUGGCCAAUGAUAUAGUUUCACACCAGACGCAGGCAGUUUCUCCCUCAUCUUGCAGCCAACCGAAGCCGUCCACCCCUCAUAUCCUGUCUUCACAUACAGCCCGUUUAAACGCAGCUGUCAUCUCCUGGUACCACAUCACCUUUGGUGUUAAAGCCCGUCGCUGCAUCUCCUCCUGCUCCUUCACCUCCAAGCAGAGCAAACGGGUAAAAACCGUCAACCCGAAAGUCUCUGCAGGCAAUCUUCCCGAUGUCUCUAACCCUGUUCACACAUUUUACGUCCGCGACACCAGGAGUGACAGACGUUUCUUGGUUGACACUGGUGCCCAGCUUAGUGUCAUUCCAACCACACCAGCUGAUCGUCGGUGUCCCAAUCCCGGUCUUUUCCUACAGGCCGUCAACACAUCGCCGAUUACCACAUUUGGUACCUGCUCCCUCUCUCUGGACAUCGGUGUCCGGCGUCUCUUCCCUUGGGUCUUCGUCGUUGCUGACAUCCCCUGUGCAAUUCUCGGUGCAGAUUUCCUCGACGCUUUCGAUCUUCUGGUCGACUGCCGUCAGUCACGUCUACACGACAAGACCAUCAUCCCCACUGUCCGGGGUAUCUCUUCCUUCGACGCCUCUCGUCAUCUUGCCGUCUUGGACCCUGAACCCGAGAAUCAAUUUCGGCAACUCCUCGCCAAAUACCCCGGCCUCACUCUUCCCAACUUCAAAGUUUCUAUUUCACCACAUGACGUUGUUCAUCACAUUCGGACCACCGGCCCUCCCGUGUUUUCUCUCCCCGCCAUCUCGCGCCUACACGUCUUGCUGCCGCCAAGGCCGAAUUCGGGCACAUGCUUCAAAUGGGCAUCAUCCAUCAGUGUGAAAGCCCAUGGGCCUCAUCCGUCCACAUGGUUUCAAGUGCCGCCACUGGUGACUGGCGCCCCCGCCGUGAUUACUAGGCCCUGA